ACUCGCAAUUCGCAUGUCGUAUCAAUAUUUCAGUUCUAAGCUUUUAUUGGGAUUUUGGAAUUACUAUUAUCGAUUAAUUGUUCUUCGUAGAAAAUUACAUAUUUUUGAAGAGAAAAUUGUUCUUGGAAUAAUUGCAAAUCCUUGAAAGUUUAAAAAUAUGGAGUCUGCAACUGGUUCCGGUAGUGCUGGAGAUUGUGAGGGAGAGGAGCAAGAGGAUUCUUCUUCUUCAUCUCACCAAUCAGUUCAAGAGACCAGCAAUGCUUUGAACAAUUUGAAUCUGAAUGAUGCGAAUAAAGAUGUUGAAGAUGAGCUCACAGUCUUUCGCAGGCAAUGGAAAAAGGAAUUGGAAUCGACUCCAUCCGCACAGCAUGAAAGCCGAUCUCUUGUUAAGAAAGAGGUGAAAAAAGAGGAACCUCUGAAUGAAGAGGAGAAGGCUAAGCAGUUGUUCCUACGAGGUGUAGAAUUGGAGCGCAGUAGAAAACUUUAUGAAGCCAUCCAGCAUUAUAAAAGAGCCUUACAAAUUCUUCCUGAUGUUGAGAGGAGGCUCUAUAAUGAUUCUGAUCUAAGAGAUGAUACCCCUGAAGAGGAAUCAGUGAUUGUUGAAUCGAUCCAAGGGGUACUUGCAGUCGACAGUGAUGAUGAAGAUGCCGUCGAAGGAGAGGACUUGUUGACACGAUUGCAAAGAAUAUUGGCACGAAAAGGCCAACUGUGCGAGCCCGAGCACCCUACUAAGGGCGGGCACAUAUCGUGGCUGCCGUACGAGGUGCUGCAGCUGGUGCUGCGCUGGGUGGUGGGCGCGGACCUGGACGCGGCGUCGCUGGAGCGCACGGGCGCGGUGUGCCGCGGCCUGCUCGUGGCGGCGCGCGCGCCCGAGCUGUGGCGCUGCGUGUGCGUGAGGACUUGGGGUAUAGAGUGCGGUACGCCCCGCGCACAUGGCUACACAAACUGGCGGCACAUGUAUGUGGAACGAGUUCGACUCAAUCUGCACGGAUGCUACAUCAGCAAGACUACGUAUCUGCGACACGGGGAGAACAGCUUCCAAGAUCACCUCUACCGGCCCUGGUACCUCAUAGACUACUAUCGCUACCUCAGAUUCUUCCCAGAAGGAUUGGUGCUAAUGUAUACCACGGCUGAGGAGCCGGCGGCGUGUGUGGGGCAUCUCAAGUACCGCGACACGAAGAAUAACCCAGGGAUCGUGUCGGGACAUUAUCGGCUCGUUGGAGACACAGUCGUGAUUCUGAUAAAGAAAGCGAGCAACGAGAAGAAGCUCUCGCAGGCCUCCAACACGCGAUUCCGCGCGAGGCGCAAGGAGCUGCACGAGCAGCACGAGCAGGUGUUCCAAAUGGAGCUGCAGGUGCGCAGCGUGCGGCGGCGCCGCAACUGGCAGCUGGUGUGGCGCCGCUACGCCGUGUCCACGCGCCGCGACCAGUGGUCCGCCUUCGAGCUGGCGCCCAGCAAGUUCCCGCCCUUCGCCUUCAGCGCCGUGCGCGCCUACACCGCCGACAGCUCCGCGCCGCUGCUCUGCUCGUCCGCCUGAUUUUGAAACCCGCGCAUCUGCAAGUAAAAUUUGAUAUUUUAUUUUUGAUUGCUGUUUAAAUUUAGAAUAUAAGAGUUGUUCCAAAAAUGCUGCUUUUUAUUUUUGUAGAAAAACUAAAAAAAAAUAUAUAUUAAAAAUAUUAAUUGUUGCACAUUUUAAUAUACAUAUUAUCUUUUUAAAGAGCGAAUAGUCUUUUACUAAAAAUAUUUCGAAAAUUAUAAUACUUUUGCUUUUUUAUUGAUGGCAAAGUUAGACGAAACGUGAAGUUGACUCCUCUAUAAGAUGGUUGUGUAUUGUGUAAUUAUAGAAUAUUUUGUUUUUAAUUUGCACCUACGGUAUUGUUGGUUUACUUUGAUUAAAUGCUGUAAUAUAUAUUGAAGAUAAAAUUAAAUGUUGAUAAGUAA